GGCGGCGCGAAAAAUAUGUACCGCAUUCGGAUAUGAUGCCGUUAGUGAUCGAACAGCACAGAAAUGGUUCAAAAAAAUUUCCUUCUGGAGAUCUAAGUUUGAGCGAUGGACCGCGCUCAGGGAGACCAAAAAUCAUGAACAACGAGGAUCUUCGACAGGUUGUGGACGCAAAUUCCAGGACAACGUGCCAAGAACUUGCAGAAAUGUUCAGAGUGAGUCCUGAAACUAUUCGUUUGCAUCUUCAUCAGCUAGGAAAGACGUGGAAGUUAAGCAAAUGGGUCACACAUGAACUGACAAAUGAUAACAAGUUAAGUCGUCUUACGUUCAGCAAACAUUUCACGCAACGCUAA